UAGUAAAAAAAACAACUAAAAAAAUUCAAAAACGCCCCAAGGCCCCAAAAAUGUGUCCUUUAAUUGCGUUCAAGCCCUUAAUUAUUAAUUACUUGCGGUUUCGUGCAAUUUUAAUUAAUUUAGUGGCGGCUUGACAGUUGUCAAAUGUCAAAAUGGCGAUUUUCAUAAAUAAACAUAACCUAACAAUUUGAAGUAAAAAAACUCGUAAAAAAUCGUUUUUUACUAGUGAUUCAUCACGGUUUUUCCCCUAUUUUCCGAUUUCCGUGUUUUUUGGUCAAAAUGGAAUCAAACGUGGAAUCUGAAUUAAAGCACACUUCCGGCCUUAUAAAUCCCCAAGAACGGUUAAAACACUUGAUAAAUUACAGUAAUGCGGUCGAGGUGGACUUCCACAUACCCCCCACGCGGUACUACCGUUCGGGGCUCGAAAUGGUCCGAAUGGCCAAUGUGUACAACAGUGAGGGCAACUACGAGAACGCCUACGUCCUCUACUUGAAGUUCAUGACCCUUUUCCUGGAGAAAAUCCGGAAACAUCCGGAUUUUAACUCAGUUCCGGUGAAAAUGAAAGCCAUCAACCAGGCGAAGCUCCGGGAGGUGCUCCCCAAGGCGGAGAGGCUCAAGGAGCGGCUCCUGGAGCAGUACAAGGAGGAGUUCAAUCGAUACAUCGCGGAGAGGGCGCGGAAAAGACAACCGAAUGAAUCAAUGGACACGCUGAAGACGGAGCCCAAUAUCGCCUCGGCCUCCACGCUGAAUGAGUCGUUUGUGAAUGUGGAAACCCCCCAAAGUAUUGAUGAUAUUACCUAUCCUGACCCGGAGACCAAUUCGCGACGCCCCAGACCUGCCCCCGACUUCGACAGGGGUAAAAAACCAUCAUCGGAGUUGUUUGAUACGAAGUUUGGCAACGCCGGAUUACGCAUGGUGGUGGUCCCUGGGGCGGUCAUGGUACAAUUCCAGACCAUUGCCCAGAAAAACACCAUAAAUAACAUCGAGACCUGUGGGAUCUUGGCCGGGAAAUUGGAAAACAACCAAUUGAUUAUCACCCACGUGAUCCUCCCCAAGCAAAAGGGCACCUCCGAUUCGUGCACCACCAUGAACGAAGAGGAGAUUUUCGAUUUGCAAGACCAGCACAAUCUUAUAACAAUUGGGUGGAUACAUGUAUCGAUUUUUUUUUUUUUUUGCCAACUUGGGAACCAAAUUUUUUUCCAGACACAUCCCACCCAAACCGCGUUCUUAUCAAGCGUGGAUCUGCACACGCACUGCCCUUAUCAGCUGUUGAUGCCCGAGGCGGUGGCAAUUGUUUGCGCCCCGAGAUAUAACGAGACUGGUUUUUUUAUUUUGACGCCUGAAUAUGGGCUGAAAUUCAUCGCGAAUUGCCGGAAAUCCGGGUUUCACCCCCACCCCACCGAUCCUCCGUUGUUUAUGGUUGCCGAACAUGUGAAGAUCGAUCACAGUGCUGAUUUGCAGGUGUUUGAUUUGCGCACGCAAUAAGACCAAAGUUUUUGUUUUAUUUUACUUAUUUAUUAUUUUUGUUGUUAAACUGCUAUGUGAUAUAAUCUGUUUUUAUGGGAAUUGUAGGUUUUAUAAUUUUUCAUGAUUGGCUUGGAAAAUUAAUUGAGUGUAAAAAAUGACAUAAAUAAUUUUUCUA